AUGCACUCAGGAGCAUAUUUACGUAAUGCAUGGAAUAUACUAGACUUUACUAUUGUUAUUUUGGGUCUUUUGCAGCCUCUUAUUCAACAAAUGGUCGAACAGUCUGGUGUAGAUGUCAAAGCUCUUCGUGCAUUCCGUGUACUAAGACCACUUCGUCUAGUGUCUGGUUUACCAAGCUUACAAGUUGUAUUGAAUUCUAUAAUGCGUGCUAUGGUUCCUCUACUGCAUAUUGCACUUUUAGUUAUCUUUGUUAUUAUUAUAUAUGCAAUAGUUGGUUUAGAGUUAUUCUCUGGUAAACUUCACGCUACUUGUUAUGAUUUUGUAACAGGUGAAAUUGAAGAUAAUCCAUCCCCGUGUAGUUUAAAUCAACGUGGUGCACUGUGUACAGGUUCAACAGUAUGUUAUGAUUUCAAAUUGGAUAUGAGUUAUGCAGCUGUUGCUGAAAGAAAGCAAUUAGCUGAUGCUAUUCAAGCCGGUAAUAUUACACCACCUUUACCACAACCAGAAAGAUGGGUUGGACCAAAUUAUGGUAUAACUAAUUUUGAUAAUUUCGGUCUAUCUAUGCUGACUGUAUUUCAGUGUAUAACCAUGGAAGGCUGGACACAAGUUUUAUAUUGGGUGAAUGAUUCACAAGGUAUGCUAUAUCCAUGGAUAUAUUUCAUCAGUAUGAUAAUUAUUGGAUCAUUUUUUGUCAUGAAUCUUGUACUUGGUGUUUUAAGUGGAGAGUUCUCAAAAGAAAGAGAAAAAGCUAAGAAACGUGGUAAAUAUCAGAAGGCCAGGGAACAAAUGCAGUUUGAAGAAGAUGUACAAGGUUAUUUAGAUUGGAUCAGUGCGGCUGAAGAUAUAAGCGAUGAUGAAGAUACUACAAAUAAAGAAGAUGAAAAAGAGAAGAAAUUUCGUUGGUGUGCUGCCUGUCGAACUACCUCUUCAUCGUCAUCAUCAGCAGCACCUGAUGACUAUGAGGAAGAAGAAGAAGAUCCAUCAGAACAUGGUGUAGACGAUGGUGGUGGUGGACACCGUAGUCAGUCAUCAUCACAACAACAACAAUAUUUUUUCUGUAUCCCUUUAAAAGGGAGACGUUCACGAAGGUGGAAUAGACGUUGUCGACGUUCUUGUCGUCGACUUGUUAAAUCUCAAACAUUUUAUUGGAUAGUCAUUGUUCUUGUCUUCCUCAAUACUGGAGUUCUAACUUCGGAACAUUAUGGACAACCAUUGUGGCUUGAUGAUUUUCAAGAUAUGGCCAAUAUUGUAUUUGUCGUCCUGUUCUCAAUUGAAAUGUUAAUUAAAAUGUAUAGUUUAGGCAUACGAUGCUAUUUUGAUUUUAUGUUCAAUCGAUUCGAUUUCUUUGUGGUUAUCUGUAGUAUUAUUGAAGUUGUCUUGAUUCAAACAAAAAUAAUGCCACCAUUAGGUGUAUCUGUUCUGCGUUGUGCACGUCUACUACGUGUAUUUAAAGUUACCAGAUACUGGAGUAGCUUACGUAAUUUAGUUGGAUCACUGUUGGCUAGUUUAAAAUCAAUUGUUAGUUUAUUAGUUUUACUAUUUUUAUUCAUUGUGAUAUUUGCUCUCCUUGGUAUGCAAUUAUUCGGUGGACGAUUUAAUUUUCCCCGUGAAGAGAAGCCUCGAUCAAAUUUCGAUAGUUUUUAUCAGUCAUUGAUAACAGUUUUCCAGAUUUUAACUAGUGAAGAUUGGAAUGAAGCUAUGUACAACGGAAUUCGUUCAUAUUCAAAUAGUCGUGUUGGUAUAAUGGUCUGUUUGUACUAUGUCAUACUUUUUAUCUGUGGGAACUAUAUACUACUCAAUGUCUUUUUGGCUAUUGCUGUUGAUAAUUUGGCUGAUACUGGUCAAAUGGAAGAGAAAAAAGAUGAAACAAAUGGUGAAAAGUCUGAAAAUGAUAUUGAACAGCUUGUUGAUAAUACAGGAGAAGAAGCAACCUUAGGUAAUCGAGAUAAUGAAUCAGAUGGAAAUAAAGAAAAUAAAUCAUAUGAACAAUUGACUGUUCGAAAAUCAUCCAAUACUAUUGUUAAUCCAGAAGGUCAACUUACUGAAGUUCAUCAUGAAUUUAAUGAUGUUACACAAUUAUUAGAUCAAUUAAAUUUGGAUCCAAUCAAUGAAGAAGACGAAGGUGAUCGACUUAUAUUUGAUAAAGCAACAAACGAAAGACGAAAAGCAGAUGAAAAUGACCAAGAAACUGAGCAAACUAAGGACUCUGAUGAUAAGGCUGAAAAUACAGAUGAAAAUGAUACACAAAUGAAGGAUAUAUCCAGUUCUAGACGUCAUUCAGAAAUGAGUUCAACAAAGAAAGUCAAACCGAUACCGAACGCAUCUUCGUUUUUUAUAUUCAGUCCAACUAAUCCAUUUCGUGUUGCCUGCCAUGAAGUAUGCAAUCAUAACUACUUUAAUAAUAUUGUACUUGUUUGCAUCUUAGUAAGUAGUGCUAUGCUUGCAGCAGAAGAUCCAUUAGAUGCUUCAUCUGCUCGUAAUCAGAUUUUGAACUACUUUGAUUAUUUUUUCACUUCAGUAUUCACAGUAGAGAUCACUUUGAAGAUAAUUACCUAUGGUCUGGUAUUACAUAAGGGUGCUUUUUGUCGAAGUGCUAAUAAUAUGUUAGAUUUUAUGGUAGUUCUUACAUCAAUCAUCUCUUAUCCUAUUGACAUUGAUACAAUAUCUGUAGUGAAAAUUCUUCGAGUAUCUCGAGUGUUACGACCAUUAAGAGCAAUUAAUCGAGCAAAAGGCUUAAAACAUGUUGUUCAAUGUGUUGUAGUCGCUGUUAAGAGUAUCGGUAAAAUAAUGAUGGUUACAUUUCUACUGGAGUUUAUGUUUGCUGUUAUUGGUGUACAAUUAUUUGCUGGAAAAUUUCAUUCAUGUACAGAUAGUUCACGCCUUGUACCAAGUCAAUGUCAUGGUCAGUAUAUCACAUACGAAUUAGGUGAUAUUAACCGGCCUGUGGUCUUAGCACGUGUAUGGUUAAAUAAUCCAUUGAAUUUUGACAAUGUACCUAAUGCUAUGCUUACACUAUUCGCUGUAUCAACAUUUGAAGGCUGGCCAGGUUUAUUAUACAGAUCUAUUGACUCGUAUGCUGAAGAUUAUGGAAGUGUUUAUAAUAAUCGACCAAUUGUUGUCAUCUUUUAUGUGGCUUAUAUUAUUGUGAUAGCAUUUUUCAUGAUUAAUAUAUUUGUUGGUUUCGUUAUUGUUACAUUUCAACAAGAAGGUGAACAAGAAUAUCGUAAUUGUGAACUUGAUAAAAAUCAACGCAAGUGUAUUGAAUUUGCAUUGAAAGCCAGACCAGUGAAACGUUAUAUACCGAAAGAAAAUUUCCAAUAUCGUAUUUGGUGGUUUAUUACAUCACAACCAUUCGAAUAUUGCAUUUUUAUCUUUAUACUAAUUAAUACCAUUUCAUUGGCAAUGAAAGUUGAAGGACAACCGAAUGCAUAUGCAGACGCAUUAGAUUACUUGAAUAUGAUAUUUACUGGUGUAUUCACUGUCGAAUUUGUACUCAAGUUAACAGCUUUCGGAUUCAAGAAUUACUUCAGUGAUCCAUGGAAUGUAUUUGAUUUUAUUAUUGUCGUCGGAAGUUUUGUCGAUAUUAACAUGUCACAUUUAGCUGCUAAUUCAAAAUUUAUUAGCAUACGAACACUUCUAUGGACAUUUGUUAAAUCAUUUCAGGCACUACCGUAUGUUGCUUUACUGAUCAUCAUGUUAUUUUUUAUAUAUGCUGUGAUUGGAAUGCAAAUGUUUGGUAAGAUUGCACUAAUCAAUCCGGAUAGUUCAAUAAAUCGUAAUAAUCACUUUCAAACAUUUCCUCAAUCCUUAUUGGUAUUAUUUCGUUCUGCAACUGGUGAAGCAUGGCAAGAGAUUAUGCUAAGCUGUGUUAAUGAUCAUACUGUUAAAUGUGAUCGAUACUCUGAUACAGAAAUGAAAGCAAUAAGAAGUUUUUUAGAUGAACAAUUUCCAGUUUAUUACAAUACAAGUGAUACAAUUAAUUCUCAAUUUGAUAUAAAUAAAACUAUCGAUACUUCAACAACAACAACAACAGCAACAGCAACAACAACAACAACUCUUCUAUCAAUUAAUCAUUCAAUGAAUAAUAAACAGCCUUUACAAUCAAAUAUUAUUGAUGAAUUGAAUCAGCCUAUAUGGAAUGUUUUAGAUACUAGACUUAUUCAUAAUAAUAAUGAAACACCAUAUUUCACUUAUAUACAUCCAUCUACCUUAAUGACACCGGAUAAUCCACCAAAUGUAAAAGAUUGGUUAUACGCUUUUCCAUCUGUUGAAACUAUUCACUCUUCAACUGAUGACUUUAUUUUUCCAUUAGAUCAUACUAGUAAACAUAAACAAAUUAGAGAAAUUUAUAAUCAAACUAUAUUCUCAUCAUCAUUACAAUCAUUAUCAAAGAUAACAGAAAUUAAUCAUAUUCCAAUAGUUUAUGAUGAACGUACAAUUAGUACAAAGAAAUUAGAUGAAUUAGGAUAUAAUGGACCAAGAGCUAUUUGUGGAUCAAAUUUUGCAUAUCCAUACUUUAUAUCUUUUUAUAUGGUUUGUUCAUUUCUUAUUAUCAAUUUAUUUGUUGCUGUAAUUAUGGAUAAUUUUGAUUAUCUAACUCACGAAUUUAUACGUUUAUGGUCAGAAUAUGAUCCUGAAGCGAAAGGUAGAAUCAAACAUCUAGACGUUGUUACACUUCUGCGUAAAAUAUCACCUCCAUUAGGAUUUGGAAAAUUAUGUCCUCAUCGGACUGCUUGUGUAACGUUAGUACGAAUGAAUAUGCCCUUGAACAGUGAUGGAACAGUAAUGUUCAAUGCAACACUGUUUGCAUUAGUUCGAACCAACUUGAAGAUAAAAACUGAAGGUGCUGCAAUCGAUCAACUAAAUGAAGAACUUCGUGCUGUUAUCAAAAAAAUCUGGAAAAGAACAAGUAACAAACUUUUAGAUCAGCUUGUUCCUCCUGCAGGUGGUAAUAAUGAUGUGACAGUUGGUAAAUUUUAUGCAACAUUUUUAAUACAAGAAUGGUUUCGGCGUUGGAAACAAAAGAAAGCUGAAGAACAGAAAGCUUUACUUCAUGGUCAGUGUAAAAGGCAUUCAAUUAUGCCAUUCAAAAGUUUCGGUAGACCGAUGAAUAGUCUUCUGGAAACACAAAAUAAUGUAACAAACAGUUUAUUACCUCCAUCGGAAGAAACAAGUAAACGAGGAAGCUCUGAUAGUAUAGGAGAUGGUGACACACAUCAUAGUUUAUUGGAUUCUAUGAAGAAUGUUAUACAACGUGUUGGUAGUUCAAGACGUCAAUCAGAAAUUUCACAUAGUAUAGAUAUUGAAAAAUCAUCACAUGAACCAUUUCAAUUUUCAUCAGAAUUAUCAAAUCAUAAAUUAUCAUCAACUAAUAAUGAUAGAUUAAGAAGUAAUACAUCACAAUUAUCUAAUCAAGAUCAUUUAAAUUCAAUAAACAGACGAAUUUUAUUGCCAACAAUUAAUCAAGGCAGUCAUGAAGAUGAUUAUGAUGUUGGUUACAAUGAUAAUGUAGGUAAUGAUGAUAUGAAUAAAUUGAUUGAAAGAAAUAGUACCAAUAUACAGAAAUUCCCUAACCUUAAUGAUUAUUAUCAUCAUGUUGAAGGAAAUGUCGAAAAUGUAAAUGGAUAUUCAGUUGAUGAGAUACGGCAAAAACAACGUUAUUUAAUAAGAAACAGUGGUGGAGAUAAAAUUCUAAAUAACAGGAAUAAUAAUAUUGACAAUAAUAAUAAUGAUAAUACUUUACGCCCUCUGUCAACGUGUAUUCAAGAAUCCUCUUUAUCAAAUGAAUUCACAAGUGGAUUACGUGAAUCAGAAAAGCAUUCAUUCACCUCUUAUCCACAGAAUUCUCUGCGGACAACCUCAUCUUUUCGACCUAAUUUAAGCAGACAGGUGAAGCCGAAGUCUUUUGACAUUUCAGAUGAUUUUGAUCAUUUCAAUAAUAUGCAGAAUGUUGCUAACAAUGUAACUGACUACUUUGAAGUUCAUAAUGGUGAUAGCGAUAAUCGUGAUAAGGGGAGUGAUAAUAAUUCCGAGGAGGAAGAGGAACUCUGCCUAAUAGGAAGAGGUGAAACACCUAGUCCAGCACCGUCAAUUGGUGCAGCUAUCCUUCGACCAAACUAUUAUCCCCUAUCAGAAGAAAAUAAACCAAUGAAGCGCAGAAAAGUUAUUAAUCCAUCAGAUUUUACAGUUUAUACUAGUAUACCAAGAGAUUUGAUGAUGAACAGGUUUAUGAACACGAGUGAAAAUAACAAUAGUGGAUAUUCAACUGGUUCAGUAAAUAAGAACUUAGAAGAACUAUUGGAUCUACCGAAGCCUGUUUGGACAGCUAGUUUACCGGACUCCCAAAUUGUAAUGGAAAAUUCUCAUUCCGCUCAACGUCUUAAACAGCAUAAACGUCAACUACCUCAAAUACCUACAGGACUUAAGAAAAAGGAUGGUAUACAUGGUUCCAGUCCACAAAAAUUAUCUUCUGCAAUAGAAGUCAAUUUACAGGAACACUCAUUAAAGAUGAACAAUGGUGGCAUCAAUUCUAUUUAUACGCCUCCAUGGAAUAAACAAUCACAGAAUGAAAUAGAUACCUUCAGAUUGUUGUAUCAACCACCAUCUAUUGAUCCACAUGGACCUGCACCUAAUCCUCCAUUAUUUUGGCCACAAUAUCCUGAAACAAUUACAUCCUCUUCAAGAUAUCAUGAAGAAAUUAGCCAUAGUAAUAAGAAGUUAUCACAAGUACAUAUUAAACAACCUACAACACCUCGACAAAAUUGGUUAAGUCAGCUGAUAGGUAGUGGUAAAACAGAAUUGAACAAAGGUGUUGAUCAUAAAUCAAUAAAAGAAAACUGGACAUAUCUGGAGAAUUGUGAUCUUCCACUAAGGAAUUUAGCUCCAUCACCACCACCUCCACCAGCGCCUAAACCUAUUUUAUUAAAUCUUAAUGAUGAUCUAUCCAAAAUUAACUAUUCAACAUAUCAUUUGGCUCAUAAUGGAAGCUCAAUAGACUUUUUAUAA